CAGUACAAAUUACAACGACAAAACAUACAAACAGAUUUACUAACAUUACAGACGUAUGAACUGUACAAACAAUACAAACUAGAUCGACAAACAAUACAAACCAUACAAAAAAGAAAAAACAACUAGGUUGACUUUGGAGGCUUCAUCCCUAUAUAGAGGGCUCCGUCUCAAAGUCAACCCGGUUGAUUUUUAGACAUACAAACAUUGCGAACAUGGUGGACGAAAAUGACAAACUAUACCGACAAUCCAUACAAACUGGAAAAAAUACUCGAGUUGACUUUGGAGGCUUUAUCCCUAUAUAGAGGAGUUACAUCCAAAAGUCAACUAGGUUGUUUUUUAGACAUAAAAAACAUGGUUGACAAAAAUGAUAAACAUGGUGCACAAAAAUAACAAAGUUUACAAACAUUACAAAAUAACAAACCGUACAAACAUUACAAAAUAAACCGACAAACAGUACAAAGCAUACUAACCGUACAAAAUGUCACUAAAAAUGACAAACAAGAAUGAUAAACAAUACAAACCGAAUCUAUACAAACAUUACAAAAUAGGUCAACAAACAUCACAAAUCCAACACUGUCACCGGAAAGUCUCCUUCGGUCGCCGGAAAAAUCUCCUACGGUCAAUAGAAAAACUCUCUCUCUCUCUCAAUGCCCAGAAGGUCGCUAGUAGUUGCUGGGGAAAAUCCCUAGGAAAAGAAAGAAUGGCCAGAAGGCCAUGGCAAUAAUCCGGGCGAGGGGAUCCGGCAAAAAAUAUCCCGGCGAGGGGCCGCCGGAAGAUCACCGGCAAAAAUAAUACAUACGAGGGCACGGGAGAUACCCACGCUGGCUUCGAUUUUUUAUUUAUUUUAAUUAUUAAAUAAAUUAAAUGUGUAAUUAUCAUCUUAUCCUUCAUAAACUGGAUAAAUUAGGACCAUUAGAUUUUAAUGAGGUUGAAUGAUUGAAAUUGGCUUAGCCAUGUGACUAAGAAACCCGAUAAUCACCUCAUCUUAGCCACAUACAAACACACAUACAUGCAUUCCUAAAAAAAAAACCAUGUCCUCAACAAAUUUCCUCUUUUUGCUUUGUUUGUUUCCAAAAUUUUCUCUAUCCAGGAGGGAACUCAAUUCGUAUAGUUUUGAGCCCGACAUUUCGCUACCUAGCUAGCCAUGCCACUAAAAAUCAUACAUGCAUGUGGACCAAAAACACUACAAUGAUAACUACGUACGCGUCCAUUGGCGUACUUACAGACGCGUAGCAGCUAAGCUUCAUGGUCCCCAAGCUAGCAAUUCCAUCGAUUGUUGUUUCUUCGACUUACGGUAGGUUUGCUUCUAUAUAUCUAUAUACACCACACCCGCAAACCCAUUUGCUCUCAAAAUAUCGGCUACAGAUAACAAUCACCAUAAGCAACACUCAUACCAAAACAACAACAAAAUCUAAGCCAUAGAUAUAUAGCUUUGUAGCCAUAACAAUGGAGGUGGUGAAAGUGCUUCACAUGAACCAAGGGAAUGGCGAAACCAGUUACGCCAACAACUCUACUGUCCAGAGCAAGAUAAUCUCUUUAGCCAAGCCAGCAACGGAGGAAGCCAUCGGAGCUCUGCUCCGAGGCUGCCUGCAGGUUCGUGGAACCGUACCGGAGACGCUUGGGAUUGCGGACUUGGGCUGCUCGUCGGGACCAAACGCUUUUCGCGUUGUUUCGGAGAUAAUCGAUGUCGUAUUCGAGGAAUGUCUGAGAAUGGAUCGACCUGUCCCGGAGCUCGGUAUUUAUCUCAACGAUCUCCCUUCCAACGACUUCAACAACGUUUUCGGAUCGUUGCCCGAUUUUUACAAGAGGUUGAAGGAAGAGAAAGGUGACGAUCGAAUCGGUUGCUUUGUGUCCGCUACUGCCGGUUCUUUCUACGGGAGGUUGUUUUCCAAAAAUAGCCUCCAUUUCGUUCACUCCUCCUCCAGUCUCCACUGGCUCUCACAGGUUCCGGCAGGGCUAGCCAAUUGUGGCACGAUGAACAGAGGAAAACUCUACAUAUCCAAGACCAGCCCAAAGGCGGUGGUUGAAGCGUACACGCGACAGUUUCAGGACGACUUUUCGAUGUUCUUGAGUUCACGUGCUCACGAACUGGUUCCCGGAGGACGCAUGGUUCUUUCAUUCAUGGGUCGAACAUCCAACAGUGAUCCGACCGAUGAAGUGGGUUGCUAUCAGUGGGAGCUGCUGGCGCGUGCGCUGAUGAGCAUGGUCGACGAUGGACUCGUUGAGGAAGAAAAAGUCGACUUGUUCAACGCUCCUUACUACGCGCCCUCUCGAUAUGAGGUGAGGACGGAGGUGGAGAGAGAAGGAUCGUUCGAGAUCGAUCGGGUUGAGGCGUUUGAGAUCGAAUGGGACGGAGGGAGAAGGGACAAGGGAGGCGGUGGUGCGACGGAGACGACGAGAGGGGAGACGGUGGCGAUGACGGUUAGGGCAGUGGUGGAGUCGAUGGUGGAGGCCCAUUUUGGGGGAGGGAUUGGGGAUGAGUUGUUUAGGAGGUAUGCCGUGGUGGUGGAUGAUUACUUGUGUUUGAAGAAAGCUGUGUACGUUAAUCUUGUGGUUACUUUGGUUAGGAGGGACUGAUUUGUGGAUUUUUAUCUUGUUAAGGGGGUAAAAAUGAUUCGGUUAAUAAUUAAAUUAAGCUUGUAACUGAUAUACCAUUGAGUAAAGAUGCCCAAUAAUGUCACACAGAAAUGUUUGGAACUUAUAGUCUGAUAUUAACCUUUUGCUUGAUUCAUGGAUUAAUGAAAUGCAAGGAAAUUUGGACAUGACAAGAUAUAACCCACUAAAGAUAACAUCAUUGAUUCUUGUACGAUCGAUUGCGGAGCUUGUCGGGGAAAAGAGCCUCCUGCUGCCGGCUCAUGGGUUUGGUAUGGCCGACUUCAGUGGGGACUUUCAUCGAACAGUUUGACGAACUGAUCGUCCUAAUAGACAACGAGAAACGGGUAUUUGGAUAUACCCGUAUCCGUCCCGUUUUUUUAGGGUUACGGAAAUCCAAAUACCCAUUUUUUUUUUACGGGAUGAGAUUUGGGAUCAAGAAUUGCUUCUUUGGGUACUGCGGGUUACCCGUAUAAUACCCGUUUGGGUAUUAUGGGUACCUGUUAUACCCAUUAGUUCAAAGUUGAGAUGGUGGUGAAGCGCUUUGAGGAAACAGGGGAUUGUCUUUCAAGUUACUUUGGUCAUUUACACUAGCAGAGGUGAUGGAAAUGAAAAUGAAAAUGUUUU